CAUAGGACUUCGUACAUGAUAAUAGUGGAUGACGUGAGACAGACGGACAGACGUAGAAAGCCGGCCAUGCUUUUGCUUCCGAAAUGCCUAUAUGAAGCCCAUUACAAGUCGAUCACUAUUCACUAUAAGCGUCACACGGAAAGGAUGAGGUUAAUCAUCUUCUCCUUAAGCUACACGUUUUUGAUAUGGGGCAUCUUUUCCUCCCUGACGCCGACGUAUGCGUCUGCAGAGAUCAACGUCUGGCCAAAGCCUACCUCUCUCUCAUGGCCGCAUCCACAGGCCGCUCUUCUCUCCCCUGGUUUCUACAUCUCCUCCCCCAACCACCCUUACCUUUCCCCCGCUGUUAAUCGCUACCUCCUUCAAAUUCUAACCGAGCACUACCAACCUGUUGUCGAGCCCUCUGUUAAUCUCUCUGCCUCAGCUCCUCCCUUACAGACUCUUGCCAUCAUCGUUGCUGAUCUUUCCGCCCCACUCCAUCAUGGUGUCAAUGAAUCUUACAGCCUUUUCAUCCCUAGUGAUGGGGACACUGCUAAUCUGACGGCUGAGACGGUAUGGGGAGCCAUGAGGGGUCUGGAGACGUUCUCCCAGCUGGUGUGGGGCAACCCUUCUCGCGUGCCGGUGGGGCUCUACUUGUGGGACUCGCCGCUCUUUCCUCACAGAGGGAUUAUGUUGGAUACCUCCAGGAAUUAUUAUCCGGUGAAGGACUUGUUGAGAACUAUUGGGGCCAUGAGUGCCAAUAAACUCAAUGUGUUCCACUGGCACAUUACAGAUUCUCAUUCCUUUCCUUUGGUGCUGCCAUCUAUGCCUGAACUUGCAGCCAAGGGCUCUUAUGGGCCAACCAUGCAGUACUCUCCGGCGGAUGUUGCAGCCAUUGUUCGGUUUGGUUUGGAACACGGGGUUAGAGUUCUACCAGAAAUCGACUCUCCAGGACACACAGGAUCGUGGGCUGAAGCAUACCCAGAUAUUGUGACAUGCGCAAAUAUGUUCUGGUGGCCGGCCGGAAGUGAAUGGGCUGACCGGCUUGCAUCAGAACCAGGAACUGGCCAUCUAAACCCACUGAACCCCAAGACAUAUGAAGUCGUAAAAAAUGUAAUUUCCGACAUAGUUACCUUAUUCCCUGAACCAUUUUACCAUGCUGGAGCUGAUGAGAUCAUCCCAGGUUGUUGGAAAGCUGACCCAGCAAUUCAAUCUUUCUUAUCUGAUAAUGGAACCCUUAGUCAACUCCUAGAGAUCUUUGUCAAUUCGACCUUCCCUUACAUUGUAUCACUCAAUCGCACUGUGGUGUACUGGGAGGAUAUUUUAUUGGACGACAAUGUCAAAGUGGACGCCUCAUUUCUUCCACCUGAGCAGACAAUCCUUCAAACAUGGAACAAUGGUCCAAACAACACAAAACUCAUCGUUUCUGCUGGUUACAGGGCUAUUGUGUCAUCUUCAGAAUUCUAUUAUUUGGAUUGUGGGCAUGGCGACUUUAUUGGGAACGACAGUCAAUAUAAUCAGCCACCCACGAGUGGCGAUUCUGGGAACGGAUCAUGGUGUGGACCAUUCAAAACAUGGCAAGCAAUAUAUAAUUAUGACAUAACAUAUGGGCUGAGCCAAGAAGAAACCAAAUUGGUCCUUGGGGGAGAGGUGGCAUUAUGGUCAGAGCAAGCAGAUCCAACAGUCCUUGAUGCGAGGAUUUGGCCUAGAGCUUCAGCAAUGGCGGAGACGUUGUGGUCAGGGAACAGAGAUGAGUCAGGCAUGAAGAGAUAUGCUGAGGCAAUGGAUCGUUUAAACGAGUGGAGAUAUAGAAUGGUUAGCAGAGGAAUUCGAGCUGAACCUCUUCAGCCACUUUGGUGCAUUAAGAACCCAGGCAUGUGUAAUACUGUUAAUCCAUUUGUUUAGUUGGAAAAGUUUUGUCUGUAAAAUUCAUGGGGAAAUUAAGAACCUUUCCAGACAAUGACCUUGUUACCCUGUAACAUAUGCCCAAAAGAGAAAGGAUACAGAGAAAUCUUAACCCAUGUCGUGAUUUCUUUAACAUUCUUACAGUUGUAUGUUCAAAAUUUCAUGUAUUUAAUAAUAUAUUUUUAUUUUUAUUUUAUUUUA